AUGCACAAAUUUUUUAAUAAGAUUCAAGAAAAGCUCGACGGCAGCAGCUCGCAGGCGCCUGCACAGCUUCCCCCGCUGACGCAGCCGCUGGAUGAUCGUCUACAAUAUCAAUUCAGGAAGCAGCGAGGUGUCAAUUUGGGUUCUUGGUUCGCGCUGGAGUCGUGGCUCACUGGUAGCUUGUUUUCCCAAGUGAAACAGACGACGAGUGAGUACGAUAUUGUACAGGGUAUGAGCGCCGAAGCGGCGAGGGAUAUGCUGCAGAACCACUGGGCACACUUUAUCAACGAUGGCGACUGGGCUUGGAUGAAGCAACACGGUGUUAAUUCGGUUCGUCUGCCAAUCGGCUACUUCCACUUUAUCGCCGGUGCAGAGCACGGCAAGUUGCAGUCUCUGCUGAAGGGUACCGAGUACGAAAAGUACGGACCUGUGUAUGCGGGUGCCUGGAACUAUAUCGUGGGUGCGAUCGAUAAAGCUCGUGCGCAUGGAAUCGGCGUCCUUGUCGACUUGCACGGCGUCCCUGGUGCGCAAAACACCGAUGGGCACAGCGGUCUGAGCUCUGGAAAAGCGAACUUUUUUCACGGCGUUCAUUCAUUGCACAACCAGAAGGCUACGGUUAAGAUUUUAGUUGCACUUGCCGAAGCGGUCGCGCCAUAUGAAAACGUGGUCGGCUUGGAGCUGAUGAACGAGCCCCAGAAUGACGGAUCGUUGGAGUCUUUCUACGACAGAGCGAUUUCGGCGAUCCGCGGUGUGGACAAUGCGGCUGUUAAGGCUCUCCCACUGUACCUUGGCGAUGCAUGGCACACGAUGCAUUACGCAAAGUACGUCGCGGGCAAGUCGUCCGCGGGCAACUUUUUGGUACUCGAUCACCACUUGUAUCGCGCAUUCACCAAAAAGGAUCACGGUACUGCCGCGGAAGCGCAUGCACAGAGUAUCGAUCCUGACGCGAAUGGUCAGACUGCGCAAUGGCUGCAGCGCGCAUCUGCAACAGCAAAUGGAUCGAUCAUUGUUGGCGAGUGGAGCGGCGCGCUGAACCCAAACUCGUUCCAGCUCAGUCAAAUCCAGAGCAAGUUGCAGGCACGUACGAUGUGGUCCCAGGCCCAAUGGCGCGCAUUUGAGCGAUACACUGCCGGUUACUUCUACUGGACGCUCAAGAAGGAGGGCGGACCCGAUCCUGGCUGGUGUUUCUACACGGCGGUGGAGAAGGGGUCGAUGCCGCCGAACCUGAAUCCCGUCAUUGCUCGCGGAGGACGCAUGCCGAGUGCGAACCAAAUGCAAGGACAGCUGGAGGAUGCGCUUGAACAUCACAAACAAGCGCACGCCCAGUACUGGGACGCACAUGGAGCGCAAGGAGAUCAUGCGACCUUCGCUGAAGGGUUCCGCAGCGCAUGGUUCGAUGCAUCUACGUUCCUGGCUACGCAAUCGGAGAUCGGAUUUGCCGGAGAGCUUGCAUUGCUCCGCUCCGCUGCCUUCACCCGCGAGAAAGGCGCAUCCAAAACGGAUUGGGAGUUUGAGCAUGGGUACAAACAAAGCGUACAGGCAUUUUCAGCCAUUUUGAACGCGUCCUAA